CUCCGCGCCCGCCGCCGCCUAUAAGAACCGUGCGCGGGACGGUGCCACCCAAGAGCCGCCGCUACUGCCGCCGCCAGCAGCGUUACAUUUUCUUGUCCCUCUGGAACAAGAAAUUGAGGCCAUCCUUUCACAGCUGGUUCUUCCAGAGCUGAGCUGGUGACCACAGACUGGAACUGGUGACCACAGACUGGAGAAGCCAACGAGGCAGCCUGAGGCCUGUGCUGUGACCACCUCUCCCACCAUCUCCUGGAGGUGCAAAAUGACUCUCUUUGAUGGCAUCUACCCCUUCUACACACAGCAGAGGAAGAGUUUUGUGUUCGAUGUCAGCACCAUCAUUGUGGUUAUCAUCUUCCUGACACUGGCUUCCACCUUCCUGCUCAUCAUCCCAGGCAUCCGUGGACGGGCGAGACUGUACUGGAUGGUUCGUGUUCUCUUCAGCCUGAUGGUGGGAGCAGUGAUUGUUGUUGUCCAGUUCACGGGGGACUGGGAGAGCGGCUGGGUGACAGCAAACACCUCCUACAAAUCCUUCAGCCACGCCAUGGUCAAUGUGGACAUCGGGCUGCACAUCGGCCUGGCAGGGGUAAACAUCACACUGGUGGGAAACCCAGUGAAUCAGGUCAAUGAGACCAUCAACUACAACGAGCACUUUGCCUGGAGCUUCGAUGCAGACUACGACCACAGCUAUAGCGGAGGCCUGGAGAAGGGACUGCCUAGCCCCAUCCUCUACGUGGCGGAGAAGUUCACCACACACAGCCCCUGCAACGUGCACAGGCAGUACCGCAUCUCCAGCCACUACACAUCAGCCAGUCUCUGGGUGGCCUUUUGCACUUGGCUCAUCUCCAAUAUGCUCUUCUCCACACCCGUCAUAGUCUAUGGAGGCUACAUGAUCCUGGUCACAGGGGCCUUUAUGAUUUUUGCACUGCUCUCCUUCUCCACUGUGAGGAACUCCCUUGUGUGCCCAAUCCAAUUUGGGACCACAUCCCUGCAGAUAGGCUAUGGGGGAUCUUUCUGGCUCACACUAGCAGUAGGCUUGAUCUGUUUUGUGGCUGGAAUCACUGUUGUUGCACUGCACUACUUCAACUCUCACCUACUGAAAACUUUCUUUGAUCUCCGUGAAGACAAAGCAGAGGACUAUCAAGAGAUGACUGAAGUGUAUGUCAACCUUCGGUUCAUGAACAGUACACUGUCUCCUCCUCAACCCUCCGAACUUACCCUUCAUGACAUCAGAAAGUAGAGUUUUCCUACUUGUUACCUGAAAGCGGGCCUAAGAGUGCAGAGCACAGACACUUCUUGAUGUCUUCUGAGACUCAUCUAUCCACCUAGUUGCCUUGGAAGAGUGCACAAGUCCAUGUUAGGAUGAGGACUUGCUCAGAACUGCCUAUGCAAUCCCUGAUUGUCCUCUGCAGGCUACAGGCAGUAUAGCUCAGACCUGCAACCUGAGCUGCAAACUCACCUGGAGAUCCUUGUCUGAGGAAUAACUCCUGUUCCUGCUCUAUGCCCUGCCACAGCUUGGUGCAGGGAGUUUCUGAUGGCCAGUUCCCAUACCAGUGGGUGAGAUUUCCCAUACUGGUAAGAUUUGUCUUUGAGGGUGCCCACUACUCCAACAGCCAGCAACCAAACACAGUAUUUCCCAAGCACUGACAUCUAGUGUAGACCUCUAGAUGUUCCUAGUAAAGCCAGGCACAGGUCCAAACUCCCCCAGGAUGGAUGCUGUGUGAGCCAGGGUAUAAAAGAUAGUUACAGAAUUAAAGACUGAGCAAACAUUCUAAGGAGCUUGCCAGUGGGAAUGUGGUGAUGUGAUUGUUUUCACUUUCAGACUUGGGUUUUAUUAGAUAAGAAUAGUAGCCCAACACGGACCAAAAAGAUGCCAUUGGGAAGAUGGGAGAGAGGAGAGUGUAAUUACACCCAUUCUCUUGGAUGGGCUCCAUCCAGGUGGAGCACACUUGGACUGGCUGGGCUUAUCACAAAAUGCAGCCCUGAGUCAGCCCCAGCCUGCCUGUAUCAAGGUAAGAAACUGAGUGCAUCAAGUUACAUGAUUGCAAACAAAAGAUGAGCUCUGGCACUGAACCCACCGGCCCUGUGAGACUUCCGUUGGCAUGUGCAAGGAGGUAGUCAUCUCUGGAUGCUGAAGAAGGACUCUUACUGCUUCAUUAGGUUACUUUCUCCUGUCAUGUGAUAUCUGUGUCGCUUUGGAGUGAUUUGUUGCUGGCAAGAAUUAUUGGUUUUAAUGAUUUUUUACUGAAAACUACUUCUUGGAAACA